UCUCUUCUGUUUCACCUAAGACUUCCGGUUGCUUGUCAUGGCGGUGGGAUGGUGAACCCAACGGAAAGGGGAAAAUAUUCGCCCGCUUCGUCUUUUCUGACACAGCCUGGUCAGAUUUUCAUGUGGAAAUAAGGCUUUCCAUUCUUUCUGUAAACCUCGGAUUUCCCGCAGAGUUGCGUUUGUCCCCGAGGACGGCCAUGGCGGCUCACAAACCAGUGGAAUGGGUCCAGGCCGUGAUUACCAGAUUUGAUGAGCAGCUUCCUAUUAAGGUUGGGCAUCAGAACACACAUAACAAAGUCAGCACAGACCACAACAAGGAAUGCUUGAUCAACAUCUCAAAGUACAAGUUCUCCCUCGUUAUCAGCGGCCUCACCACUAUUCUCAAAAAUGUCAACAACAUGCGGAUAUUUGGAGAAGCUUCUGAGAAGAAUCUUUACCUUUCUCAGCUUAUCAUCCUUGACACACUUGAGAAGUGCCUGGCUGGGCAAUCUAAAGACUGCUUGCGUCUGGAUGAGACUAUGUUGGUGAAACAGUUGCUGCCAGAGAUAUGCCAUUUCAUUCACACAUUUCGUGAAGGUCACCAGCACGCUGCUGAGCUGCGUUCCUCGGCUUCAGCUGUCUUGUUCUCAUUGAGCUGCAACAACUUCAAUGCUGUUUUUAGCCGCAUUUCUACCAGGUUGCAGGAGUUGACAGUGUGCUCAGAGGACAAUGUGGAUGUUCAUGACAUUGAGCUUAUGCAGUACAUCAAUGUGGACUGUUGCAAACUGAAGAGGCUUCUGCAAGAAACCGUGUUGAAGUUCCGGGCUCUCAAGAAGCCUGCCCAGCUUGCUGUCAUCAACAGUUUAGAGAAGGCAUUUUGGAAUUGGGUAGAACAUUAUCCAGAUGAAUUUACAAUGCUAUACCAGCGUCCUCAGACAGAUAUGGCAGAAGCUGCGGAGAAGCUGUUUGACUUGGUAGACAGUUUUGCAGAGAGUGCCAAGAGGAAGGCAGCUGUAUGGCCUCUCUUGAUCAUCCUCCUCAUACUCUGUCCAGAGAUUACACAUACAAUCUCUAAAGACACAGUGGAAGAUAGCAAGGCCAACAAGAAACUCUUUUUGGAUAAUCUGCGGAAAUCUUUAGCCGGCCAGGGAGGGAGCAAACAGUUGAUGGAGAGUGCUGCUAUUGCCUGUGUCAAGCUUUGCAAAGCUUCUACCUACAUCAACUGGGAGGAUCACUCAACCAUUUUCCUUCUGGUCCAGUCCAUUGUCUUGGAUCUCAAGGCUCUGUUGUUUAACCCAGCCAAACCAUUUUGGAGGGGGACCGGCAGUCAGAAUGCUGAUGUGGAGCUCAUGGUGGAUUGCUUUGUUUCAUGUUUCCGUAUCAAUCCCCACAACAACCAGCACUUUAAGGUCUGUUUGGCCUCCUCCUCCCCCUCAACCUUCCACUUCGUCUUGGUCAACUCAUUGCACAGAAUCAUUGCCAAUUCUCAUUUAGACUGGUGGCCGAAGAUUGAUGCAGUGUACUGUUACUCUGGAGAGCUUCGCUUUAUGUUCUCAGACACCCUCACCAGGGUGAUUCAAGGCACUGGUACUCAUCCUCCUCUGCGUAUGACACCGAGUCUGACGUUUAUUGGGAAGAAAACCACAAGCCUUAAGUUCAAAGAGAAAGCCACAGAGCAAGACACUCGAAGUUACAAGUGCCUUCUCCUUGCUCUGGUCAAGCUCAUCCAUGCAGACCCUAAACUGAUGUUGCACAAUCCAGUGAAGCAAGCUCCAGAGAUCCAGAGCAGCACAGCAGAACUCAUCACUGGUUUGGUGCAACUGGUUCCUUUGAACACCACUACUCAGCUCUCACAAGAAGCCAUGGAGGCUCUGUUAGUUAUGCACCAGCCAGAGACCAUAGAGCUGUGGAACCCCGAUACCCCCAUUGAGACAUUUUGGGACAUCAGUUCACAGGUGCUUUUCCUAAUCUGCCGCAAAUUAGUUGGCCAGCAGAUGGUGAAUAGAACAGAAGUUCUGAAAUGGCUGAGAGAGAUCCUUAUUUGCAGGAACAAGUUUUUGCUCAAGAAUAAGGAUUGUGCUACUAUAGGGGGUGGCAUUCCCAUCUGUCGCCAAGCACAGACUAAACUUGAAGUCUGUCUCUACCUGUUCCUCUGGAGCCCAGACACAGAGGCUGUGCUGGUAGCUAUGUCAUGUUUCCGUCAUCUGUGUGAGGAGGCAGACAUCCGCAGUGCAGCUGAUGAAGUACCUGUCCAGACAAUUCUCCCAAAUUAUGCCACUUUUAGUGAACUGGCUUCUGUGAGCACCAUGGUAGGAACAGGCCGUUCCACCUUACAAAAAAGAGUGAUGGCCUUGUUAAGAAGAAUAGAGCACCCCACACCAGGAAACAUUGAGGCUUGGGAGGAUACAUACACUAAAUGGGACCAGAGCACCAAGCAGAUACUCAAUUUCCCUAAAAAUAAAGCCGAUGACGGACAGCAGGAGUGGAUAAACAUGACAGGCUUCCUCUGUGCUCUGGGGGGUGUAUGUCUUCAGCAGCGCAACACUCCAGGCCCUGCCACUUACAGUCCGCCUAUGGGCCCGUUUAGUGAACGUAAGUCCUCCAUGAUCUCGGUGGGGCCUUGUGAUACGACUAACCCCACGCCUUCUUCCUGCCCUUCAUCUACCUCCAACGAAACGCCUGUCAGCCGCUUUCUGGACCGACUGCUAGCACUCUUGGUGUGUGGCCACGACAGGGUGGGCCUUCAUGUCCGCACCAAUGUCAAAGACCUACUGGGACUAGAACUGAGUCCUGCACUCUACCCCAUGCUCUUCAACAAACUGAAAAACAGCAUUGGGAAGUUCUUUGACACCCAGGGACCGGUACCUAUCAAUGAGACAAACACACAGUUUGUGGAGCAGACCAUAGCCAUCAUGAAAAACCUGUUGGAUAACAACACAGAAGGCAGCUCUGAACACCUAGGACAGGCCAGCAUUGAAACCAUGAUGCUCAACUUAGUCAGGUAUGUGCGUAUCCUGGGUAAUGCGGUCCAUGCAAUUCAGAUCAAAACCAAGCUUUGUCAGCUGGUUGAGGUGAUGAUGGAGAGACGAGAUGACCUAUCCUUCUGCCAGGAGAUGAAGUUCAGGAACAAGAUGGUGGAGUACUUAACAGACUGGGUCAUGGGAACCUCGAACCAAGCUGCUGAUGAUGAUAUAAAGUGCCUGACAAGAGACUUGGACCAGGCCAGUAUGGAGGCGGUAGUAUCCCUUUUGGCUGGUCUACCUCUGCAGCCAGAGGAGGGCGAUGGUGUAGAGUUGAUGGAGGCGAAGUCUCAGCUCUUCCUCAAGUACUUCACCUUGUUCAUGAACCUGCUGAAUGACUGCAGCGAGGUUGAGGAUGAGGGUCAGACGGUGGGGGGCCGGAAGAGAGGAAUGUCCCGACGCCUGGCAUCCCUUCGCCAUUGCACUAUUUUGGCCAUGUCCAACUUGCUCAAUGCUAAUGUGGAUAGUGGUCUUAUGCAUUCCAUUGGCUUAGGCUAUCACAAGGAUCUUCAGACUCGAGCUACUUUUAUGGAGGUGCUGACAAAGAUUUUGCAACAGGGAACAGAGUUUGACACGUUGGCAGAGACUGUACUGGCUGACCGCUUUGAGAGGCUAGUAGAGCUUGUUACCAUGAUGGGAGACCAAGGAGAGCUGCCUAUUGCUAUGGCACUGGCUAAUGUUGUUCCUGGGUCUCAGUGGGAUGAGUUGGCUCGAGUUCUCGUGACCCUUUUUGAUUCCCGCCACUUACUCUACCAGCUGCUGUGGAACAUGUUUUCUAAAGAGGUAGAACUGGCUGACUCCAUGCAGACUCUCUUUAGAGGAAACAGCCUUGCCAGCAAAAUAAUGACAUUCUGUUUCAAGGUAUAUGGAGCAGCAUACCUGCAGAAGUUAUUGGAGCCCUUAUUAAGGGGAGUAAUUUCAACCUCUGAACACAUCACUUUCGAGGUGGACCCUACAAGACUGGAACAUGAUGAAAACCUAGAGGAGAACCAGAGGAAUCUGCUCCAGAUCACUGAGCGCUUCUUCCAGGCCAUAAUUGGCUCAUCCAGUGACUUCCCCCCACAACUUCGCAGCGUUUGUCAUUGUCUCUACCAGGCUACUUGCCACUCUCUACUGAAUAAGGCAACACUAAAAGAAAAAAAGGAAAACAAAAAAGCAGUCGUGAGUCAGCGGUUCCCACAAAACAGCAUAGGUGCUGUGGGUAGUGCCAUGUUCCUACGGUUCAUCAACCCAGCCAUUGUGUCCCCUUAUGAGGCUGGCAUCUUGGAUAAAAAACCCUUGCCCAGGGUAGAACGAGGUCUCAAGCUCAUGUCCAAGAUUCUACAGAGUAUUGCAAACCAUGUCCUUUUUACAAAAGAAGAACAUAUGAGGCCUUUCAAUGACUUUGUUAAAAGCAACUUUGAUUCUGCAAGAAGGUUUUUCUUGGACAUAGCCUCUGAUUCUCCACCCAGUGACUCAGUCAACCACAGUUUGUCGUUCAUCAGUGAUGGCAAUGUGUUGGCUCUCCACCGCCUGCUGUGGAAUAACCAGGAGAGGAUUGGCCAGUACCUCUCCAGUAACAGAGACCACAAGGCAGUAGGCAGGCGACCGUUUGACAAGAUGGCGACCCUGCUUGCCUACCUAGGACCCCCAGAACACAAGCCUGUGGCUGACACUCACUGGUCUAGUCUCAAUUUGACCAGCUCCAAAUUUGAGGAGUUCAUGACCAGGCACCAGGUUCAUGAAAAGGAAGAGUUCAAAGCCUUAAAGACGCUAAACAUAUUCUACCAGGCAGGCACCUCCAAGACUGGCAACCCUGUGUUCUACUAUGUGGCCCGCAGGUUCAAAACAGGCCAAAUUAAUGGUGACCUGCUUAUCUACCAUGUACUUCUCACCCUAAAACCGUACUACGCUAAGCCCUACGAGAUAGUUGUUGACUUAACCCAUGUUGGACCCAGCAAUCGCUUCAAGACUGACUUUCUGUCGAAGUGGUUUGUGGUGUUUCCUGGCUUUGCUUAUGAGAAUGUGGCAGCUGUUUAUGUCUACAACUGCAACACAUGGGUGAGGGAGUACACCAAGUAUCACGAGAGGCUACUGACUGGCCUGAAGGGCAGCAAGCGGCUUCAGUUUAUUGACUCUCCAGCGAAGUUGGCAGAACACAUUGAACCUGACCAACAGAAACUCCCAGCAGCCACUUUGACUUUGGAAGAAGACCUCAAAGUGUUCCACAAUGCUCUCAAGCUGGCCCACAAAGACACAAAAGUCUCAAUAAAGGUGGGCUCCACAGCAGUUCAGGUGACCUCAGCCGAGCGUACCCGUGUUCUUGGCCAACCUGUCUUCCUCAAUGAUGUUUAUUACGCCUCAGAGAUCGAAGAGAUUUGCCUGGUAGAUGAAAGUCAGUUUACCCUUACCAUGGCCAACCAGGGAACACCUCUCACAUUCAUGCACCAAGAAUGUGAUACUAUCGUCCAGUCCAUAAUACACAUCCGUACCCGUUGGGAAUUGUCUCAGCCUGACUCAAUUCCCCAACACACAAAGAUCCGUCCAAAAGAUGUCCCAGGGACUCUUCUCAACAUUGCUCUGCUCAACUUGGGGAGUUCUGACCCAAGCCUCCGGUCUGCGGCUUACAAUCUCCUCUGUGCUUUGACUUGCACGUUUAACCUUAAGAUAGAAGGGCAGCUAUUGGAGACAUCCGGUCUCUGCAUCCCAGCAAACAACACACUUUUUAUUGUUUCCAUCAGCAAGACCCUUGCUGCAAAUGAGCCGCAUCUGACACUGGAGUUCUUGGAGGAAUGUAUCUCUGGCUUCAGCAAGUCCAGUAUUGAGCUCAAGCAUCUCUGCUUGGAGUACAUGACACCCUGGCUUCUAAACCUGGUUCGCUUCUGUAAACAUAAUGACGAUGCCAAACGUCAACGUGUCACAGCCAUCCUAGACAAACUUAUCACCAUGACAAUAAAUGAAAAGCAGAUGUAUCCCUCCAUCCAGGCAAAGAUCUGGGGCAGCCUUGGCCAAAUAACAGACCUGCUUGAUGUGGUGUUAGACAGUUUUAUUAAGACCAGUGCGACAGGAGGCCUAGGCUCCAUCAAAGCAGAGGUCAUGGCUGAUACGGCUGUCGCUCUGGCUUCAGGAAAUGUGAAACUGGUGUCCAAUAAGGUUAUUGGUCGGAUGUGUAAGAUCAUUGACAAGACAUGCCUGUCACCAACUCCUACGCUGGAACAGCAUCUUAUGUGGGAUGACAUUGCCAUCCUGGCCCGCUACAUGCUCAUGCUGUCCUUUAAUAACUCUCUGGAUGUUGCAGCCCACCUGCCAUACCUAUUCCAUGUAGUGACACUACUAGUAGCCACUGGGCCACUGUCCCUAAGAGCCUCUACCCAUGGUUUGGUUAUUAACAUCAUUCAUUCACUGUGCACCUGCUCUCAGCUCAGCUUCAGUGAGGAGACAAAGCAGGUCCUGAGGCUGAGCCUGACAGAAUUUUCAUUGCCAAAGUUUUAUCUACUGUUUGGCAUCAGCAAAGUCAAGUCAGCUGCUGUCAUUGCCUUCCGCUCCAGCUACAGAGACCGCUCCUUCUCACCAGGCUCUUAUGAGAGGGAAACGUUUGCCCUGUCCUCUCUGGAGACUGUCACUGAGGCCUUACUGGAAAUUAUGGAGGCUUGUAUGAGAGACAUCCCAACCUGCAAGUGGUUAGACCAGUGGACCGAGCUUGCACAAAAGUUUGCAUUCCAGUACAACCCAUCUCUACAGCCCAGAGCACUGGUCGUCUUUGGCUGCAUUAGCAAGAGGGUGACUCACAGCCAGAUUAAGCAGAUCAUCCGAAUCCUCAGCAAAGCCAGCCCUCUGCUCAGCAUAGACCGGGGUCUGGAGAGCUGUUUGAAGGGACCUGACAAUUACAACAGCCAAGUAUUAAUUGAGGCCACUGUGAUCGCUCUGACCAAACUGCAACCUCUACUCAGCAAGGAUUCUCCAAUGCACAAAGCUCUGUUCUGGGUGGCAGUAGCGGUGCUGCAGCUGGAUGAAGUCAAUUUAUACUCUGCUGGAACUGCUCUCUUGGAGCAAAAUCUCCACACUCUUGACACAAUGCGCAUCUUCAAUGACAAGAGUCCAGAGGAAGUUUUUAUGGAAAUUAGACGUCCUUUGGAAUGGCACUGUAAGCAAAUGGAUCAUUUUGUGGGUCUUAAUUUUAGUGCCAACUUCAACUUUGCAUUAGUGGGCCACUUACUCAAAGGCUACAGACACCCUUCACCUACCACAGUGGCAAGGACAGUGCGGAUCCUGCACACACUGUUGGCUCUAACAAGCAAACAUCUGAAAUGUGACAAGUUUGAGGUCAACACACAGAGCGUGGCCUAUUUAGCUGCAUUGCUCACUGUAUCUGAGGAAGUUAGAAGUCGGUGCAGUCUCAAACACAGGAAGUCACUGCUUAUUUCUGAACUGUCUAUGGACCCAGUACCCAUGGAGACCUACACCAGUCAUAUCACCAAUACCACCUGCAGAACUGUGCAAGAACCACAGCCAUGGACAUCACCUCAAGUUUCAGAACGUUAUCUUUCUACCCAUCAUUACCCCACAAUGGGCCAGAUCAGCCCACGAACACGCAAAUCCAUGAGCCUGGACAUGGGCCAACCGUCACAGGCCAACACAAAGAAACUUCUUGGCACCAGAAAGAGCUUUGACCAUCUCAUAUCAGACUCUAAAGCACCCAAAAGACCAGAGAUGGAGUCUGGGAUGACCACCCCUCCGAAGAUGAGGCGUGUAGCAGAGAAUGAGAUUGAGACACAAAGAAUUGGAAAUUCUCACCUUCGAAAAGUGUCUGUAUCAGAGUCCAAUGUUCUACUGGACGAGGAGGUACUGACUGACCCAAAAAUCCAGGCUCUUCUGCUCACUGUGCUGGCCACCCAGGUCAAAUACACCACUGAUGACUUUGACCAACGGAUUUUGUAUGAGUACUUAGCUGAAGCUAGUGUUGUAUUUCCAAAGGUUUUUCCAGUUGUUUAUAAUUUAUUGGACUCCAAGAUCAACACUGUGUUGUCCAUGUGCCAAGACAUCAACCUCCUGAACCCUGUCCAUGGGAUUGUACAGAGUGUUGUGUAUCAUGAGGAGUCUCCUCCUCAGUACCAGCCUUCAUAUUUACAAAGCUUUGGCUUUAAUGGACUCUGGAGAUUUGCCGGACCUUUUUCUAAG